CUUUAAAGGGAUUCAGAGACAGGCACCGGCUUCCAGUUGUGGUAGGGUGAGCAAUUCCUUUAGGGUAGUGGGAGGGAUAGAGCUGACCAUUCUCUUUUAACUGCAGAUCUCUUGCCAAUAAGAAGAGACUGCACUGAAGAAGCAAGAUCAACUUUGAGAAAAAGACUUAAACAGAAAAAGACAGAAAUGCCACAGAACGUGGUACUAGAAGGGCCAGCCCCUUGGGGAUUUCGGCUUUCAGGAGGCAAAGAUUUCAACCAGCCGUUGACCAUAACUCGGGUGACCCCAGGCAGUAAGGCAUCUCGGGUCAACCUGUGUCCCGGAGACAUCAUCCUGGCCAUCCAGGGAGAGUCCACAGACGGUGUGACUCAUGCUGAAGCUCAGAACAAGAUCAAAGACUCCACCAAUCAGCUUUUCCUCAAGAUAGAGAGGCCAGAAACUAAACUGUGGUCACCUAAGGUUAUAGAAGAGGGGCAAGUAAACCCAUUCAAAAUCAAUUUGGAAGCAGAUAAGCAAGACGUUGAUUACUUCGAACACAAGUUUAAUGUCAGACCAAAGCCCUUCACAACUGCAAGCCAAAGGAGUGACAGUACAUCCCAGACGCUGAUGGGAAAUGUAGCUCAGAUGCCUGGCACCCCAUCGGCUGGGUCCAAGGCAGCUCCUUCUGCACAGUAUAACUCCCCCAUUGCAUUAUACUCAGCAGACAAUGUUUCAAACACACGGCAGCAGGCUCAGGUGUCCACGGUAGUCAGGCAGACAUCGCCCAGCCCUAAACCCCUGACAUCUAUUGAAGAAUCCCAUGUAUACCGAAUGCUCCAAGAAGACCAUGAGCUGCCACACGAACCACGCCAGUCUGGAUCGUUUAAGGCCCUGCAAGACUAUGUCGAGAGUGAUGGCACAAGGCCCAUGGUGACAAGAAGUGUAAAAGCCCCAGUGUCAAAACCACAAGCGGCCACAGCCUCGCUGCAGAAGCUGCCUCUCUGUGAUAAAUGUGGCACCGGCAUUGUAGGAACGGUGGUGAAAGCUCGGGACAAGUACCGCCAUCCAGCCUGUUUUGUGUGCUCAGACUGUGGUGUGAACUUGAAGCAGAAGGGCUACUUUUUUGUGGAGGGACAGUUGUACUGUGAAGCCCAUGCUCGAAUGAGAAUGACCCCACCUGAGGGACAUGAUCUAGUUACUGUAUAUCCCACUGCUUAGAGGGACGGAAAAACUCAGAACUCACACAACUGACAGUUGAAAUUACCGUAGACAAUUUGUAUCGUUUGCCCUUAUUGGCCCUAUGUGAUUAGUGUAAGAAUAGAGCUCAAACCGUCAAACUACAUAUAAGUUUAUAAAACAGAAUGCAAGGCAACUUUUUGACCCUGUAUACCACAGCAUUUUAAGUGAUAAUAUCAUUACUGUUUACACCUGGUAUUAACAUGCAAUUCAAAUAGCUCUUCUGUGUCUACUUGUGUUCAGAUUUUGACGUGACACUCCCAACUUAUUUCACAGGGCACUAGGAACAACUAUGAAUAAAUCCAUGUUACGUACCUUAUGUGACUUGCAAGCAAGAAAGGGAAGAGAAUAAAAACGGAUAUUUUGAACAUAAUCUGUGUAUUUUAGAAAAUUGCAGCAAAGAUUGAAUCACUUUCUUUGGUGCGUUUUCUCACAACUUGUCCCUGAACAAUUUCAUUUGGUGCAUAUAUGGUUGCUUCACUGCGACUUGGGUAAUACGCAUAAACUGUAAGAAAUAAGCAAUGUAAUCUGUUUAUCAGUACAAAACUCUUUUUCUUUUUACUUUUUGUUCAGCUGAAUACCAACAUUUCUAUGAAUAUUCCUUAUGCUGAUUUUACUUUCUUCAAUUCCGGUGAUUUUAAAUGAACUAAACGGAGUAGUUCACUUUUGAAAAAACUGUUGCUGAUAAUUUACUCACCCCCAUGUCAUCCAAAA